GGUUCCAGCAUAAAACGUAUAAGAUGUGUGAGCUCUGCGAAUGCAUGUGUUUAGUGUUGAAUGACGAUUGCAUGGAAGGCUGUUGCAUGAUAAGUCGGCUUUGUGAUAUACUGCGCUGUGAUAUCAAGCCCUGUUGUUGCUGUAAAGGAAAAUGCUGUAAAAGAGAAUGUGAUGAAAAUGAUGACAAAGAUGGUCCAAGUGAGAAGGAUGAAUGUGAAGAUUUCGUCAUCACUCAACAACCCUCAGGUAACUGCUGUGCCGCCAAGGAAGACAGCGAACAAACGGAUGACGAACACGUUAGCGUCGUGUCCUGCCAGCCGACGAAUAACGUUACCUGAUGCGUUAUCUUCUUUCCCCGUUUAUUUUACAUUUUUGUUCCUCGUGUAUUAAAGUCAUCAGUAAAAGUA